AUGUCGUUCAACCACUUCCGCAACAAGCGCGAGGCCCAUGCCCUUACGCCGUGGGACCCCUUUGCCCCCAUCAGUCGCAGUAACACCCUUCGUGCUGUGAGAACAUGGGACGGGCCGCGGACUGAGGCCGCUGAGGUGAGCUCUGGCACGCCAAACCUGGGUGAGUUGUCUGCUGCCGUGGGCGCCUCACUUGGAAGGGCCGCGGGGGAAGCUGCCGCCCCGAGCCCGGUAUCGAGCGUCCCCGCUGUUCACCUCUCGCCACCACAGGUUGAAGAUGAUGGAAUCGAGCCGGCGAACAGGAAUGACAGUCAUCAUGAAGUUGAUCAUGCCGCUGCCACCCCCUCCAUGAAGAUUUCCAGGAUGUCCGUGAAGGAGAGUGGGAAGCCGAAGAAGCGUCUUUGGCCAUUCAAAGAAGUAAGGCCCAAAGCUCCCCUGACCAUUGGAAGCCAGCUGCGUCGACUGUACCGGCUCUCCAUUGUCAUGAAACUACUUCUGCUGUGCUGCCCCGUGGGGUUUUGCUUGAACUUCACCAUAGGUCCCUCUAUAGAGACAUUCAUCAUCAACUUCAUCAGCACGAUCCCCAUCAAUUUCUUCGGCGACUUUGCCAUGACAGAGAUCGGGCUGAGGUUGGGGGACCUUACGGCGGACUUGCUAUCCGUGUCUACGAGCAACUUUGUGCAGUUUAUAUCCUGUGUUGUCCUCCUGGUGAAUAGGGAGAUCACGGUCCUACAGACCUCGCUGGUGGGGGGCAUUCUGGCAAACAUCUUGUUCCUGCUUGGCAUGAGCAUCAUCUGCGGGUGUCAUAACCGGCCGUACCAGAACCUGAACCGCACGGCGGCACACAUGGCGUCCAACCUGCUGUGUCUCUCCUCGACGAGCCUCUUGAUACCCACGGCAUCGCGGCUGCUGUCACAGGCGUCGGCUGAGGACCUGCUCAAGCAGUCGAGGGGCGCAUCCGUCGUCCUGCUCGUCGUCUACGGCUCGUUUGUGUUCUGCGAGCACUGGACGCACAGACAUGUCUUUGGUCAGGAGGCCGAGAAAGUGCCCACGAGAGACGCAGGUCCCUCGCAGCACGCGGUCAAGCGAGGCCUGGGCAUGCCGAGCAGCUUCAUGGGCGUGGUGGUGCCCGACCAGGCGGAAAACGAGAGGCUCUCCAGCAUGCUCAUGUACCCGCCGCGCGCGGGGGCGAUGCCACACGCGGACAGCAAUAAAGUCAUCGACGCCGAGGACGAGGAGGGGGAGGACAGGGAAGGGCCACAGCUCCGGUGCAGCGUGGCCGUCAUCAUCGUCGCCAUGACGACGACGCUGCUCUACUUCCACAUCGACUUCACCGUCAAGAGCAUCGACGCGCUGACGACGGACGCGCACCUGUCCAAGACGUUUGUGGGGCUGAUCCUACUCCCGCUGUCGAGCUGCGACUACGUGCCCAUGGCGCUGGCCAUGCAGGACAAGCUGGGCCACACGGUCACGUCGACGGUGGGCAAGAGCAUCCAGACGGCGCUACUGGUGACGCCGAUGAUUGUGUUGUUGGCGUGGUGCCUGGGCGUGGACCAGGUGACGCUCGUGUUUGACGGCUUCGAGGUGGUGAGCUUGUUCGCGACGGUGCUGCUGCUGAACUUUCUCAUUGUGGACGCGAGGGUGCACUGGUGA